CAAGUCAGCCGCUCUGCUCGCGCGCUGCCGGUGACCACGUGUCCUGCCAACGAGUGGACCAUGUGGAGCAGCAAGAUGGCGGCGCAGUGGAGAACCAUAGACGGGGAUUUAAAUGCCGGCAACGUGGACUUUUUGAGCACCGGAAGCCCUUGCCAGAUUGGCCCAUCUCGGGGUGACAAUUGUGGAGAGGACAUGGACACGCAGUCCUGUGUGGAACACUCCAUUUUGGCAAUUUUUGAGGAUUCCGCCGUUUCAUCAGAGGACACAAGGCAAGCAGAGGAAGAGAGCGAUACCUUGCUCUCUGCACUGACUCAGAUGUUAGAAUGUGUGGAGGAUGAUGUCAGCAGCAAUCUUUCUCCCUUUGACACCCUGCCAGACACCAAGCUCCUCAACUAUCAGGAGUUUGGCAACAGCAUGACAACAGAUGAAGUCGCCUUUGCCACUAAACUUAGACCAAGAGCCAAGAAUGACGCAGGAAAAGAAGACAAGAGCAAAGUAGCCAGACUUCACCCGGUGUUCCGACAAGAAAGUCAGACAUUGUUUCAAGGCACAAAAAAGAAAGCAGAUACUGAAGUUGAUGUCUUCACUUCCUCUUCUCUGGUUAACCUAGUGAAACUCAUGCACCCAUAUUGCCUUAAGAUGCGUGUGGAGGAGGAGGGGAGGGGCCACCGAAGCAGAAAUGGACUAUCACCAUUACCCUGGAACAAACUAGAAAAAAACCGCACAAUAUUCUCCCAGGGAGAAGUAUGGAAGUAUGAGAAGCCAACUGGAGAUAGUGACGAAGAUAUAAAUGUUGUAUCUGAUGAUAAUGAUACACCCCUGAAAGGGACAGAGGAGGACAAAGAGAGGGUUGCAAAAAAGGGUAGGGGCACACUGCUAAAAAGUGCACUGCUCACUGGCAAAUCAUCCAGAGGUCUGUUCUCCAGGGAAAAGAAAAGAGUCAGCUUUGGCCCUGUUCAAGUGGCUUCAUUUGAGCUGUCUAUGGAAUUAUUCAACGAGAAAAAUCUCCCCAGCGUAGCCUCUGCAGAUACACCCGAAGGUCCAGCUAGUCCAGCACUUGUAGCCCCAGCAGCAGCAUCUAAAUCAGCAGACAUUGAUAACAAGGCUGAGGAGCCACUGCCAAAAUGUAAAGCCAAAUCACUCAGCCUCCAAGAGUAUAGACAGCUGCGACAGAAAAGGCAGCUUCUGGUGGAGAAAAAGCGGAACAACACCACCAAGUGGCCUUCUGUUCCCCAGCCCCCCAAAGAACUGACCCCCAUUAUCUGUUCACAUGGGCAAAGACAAACUCUCUGUGCGAUAAAGUCUUCACCCCAUCACACAGAACAGUCCAGAAUCAGUACAUAUCCACCCCAAAGAGCUACUUGUCAUCAUCCUCCCCGACCAGUAGAGAAGAUGCCAUUGUUUGCUGGUAAGCAUCACAGAUUCAAAUAUCUUCAAACUGAAUCAAAAAGCACCUCAUCUGAUGGUCCUAAGUCCAAUGAUGAGCACACUGACGCCCCUGUUAAUGGAGCUGCAAGCAGGAAAAAUCCAUUAAAGAAUCAGGCACUUCUCAGCACUGAUCCCCCAAACCCUGUCCUCAUUCGCCUGCCUGUUAGCCAGACACCUGCCCCAUCAGAUUCUCACUCUCCACCAGUGUCCACUGUUGAGCUUUCAGUUGCAGCAUCACAAAUACAAUUGUCCACUGAGGAACCUCAGCCAAGUUGGCAAGUGGAGAGCCAAUGUCCGGUCACACCUCAAACAAGUUCAGAAUGCAGGAAACCACAAAACCUCAUGCUAGAGCCAAAUAUGUCUCAUUCACUAAGUCUAGGUCCUGUCACGUGUGACCAAGGUCAGCCAGUCAGUGAAGCGUUACCGGAGGAUCCCCUAAGAUCUUCUCCUCCCAAGAAACCACAACCAUCACUUCAACAUACCUGUCACGAACAAAGUGCUGCAGCUGAGUCAGGGAUUGAAGCCUCUGAUCUUACAAGCUUGUUAGAGCAGUUUGAAGAGAAACAAGCUAAAGAGGAAGAGGAGGCUGAGCCAGCGUCCGUUUCAAAUGCUUUACCCUCAAUUCUGCACGAAGAAAUGGAAAGGACCUCCACGCUAUUAGAGACCUCCACUAAGGAACAAGAACCUGUCAGAACUUUGUACUCAGUCACGCCAAAAAGCACCAUAAAUGAUCUGGAGCGCAGAAGAAAAUCGGAACACGUCACUCCAGAGCCUCUCAGCACUGAAGUCAUCCUCGACACUGAAGUCAAUGUAAGACGGAAAACACUGCCAUCUAAGGGCAUUCAGAUCAUUGAUCCACGCCCUUUGCCAUCCAGGAGGGCAAACGCUUCAGAGCUCGCUGCAUCUCCUCACAUGUGUUCGUCGGUAUCCGUAGAUCACGAUUACUGCCUGCCUGUGGAUUAUUUGCAUACAAGAGCCCCUUCUUCUCUUCUCAAGAAUACUUGUGAAGUCGAGGAGGCCUCUGUAAGGAAAAGUGAGUCUCUCAUCAGAGCUGAAGAGAAAUACCAGUCAGCCUCGUCCACAUACACAGAUCUGGCUCCUUCAUCUACCCCACUUACACCUCCACCCAGCCCUCCAAGCAGAGGACGAGAGAAGAGGAGAUACACAAGAAGAACCCCCCUCUCGGACAGCUCUUGUUCGUCUUCAUCUUCCUCCAGCUCUGCAUCCCGCUCCCCAAAAAGACGAAGGUCCCGUCACAAGCGUUCAGGAAGCAGAUCGUGGUCUUCGUCCCCUUCUCGCUCCGUCUCCCGUUCCCCACCUCGGCGACAGUCUUCGACACGUUUAAGAUGUAAUAGAUCGAGAUCCCGAUCCUGGUCUCGCUCCGGGUCACCGUCCCCUUCCUCGACAAAUUUUUGUACAUGCAAGAGAAACAUUUACAGCAGAGAGUCCUGGAAGCUCAAGAGGGAGCACAAGGCGAGGCUUCAGAAGCUGAAAGCCAUAGAUGAGCGCAGAGUUGUGUAUGUCGGCCGCAUCCGUAGGUCCAUGACGCAUGAUGAACUAAGAGAGCGCUUCUCUCAUUUUGGAGAGGUGGAAUGCGUGUCACUGCACUUUAGAGAUAAAGGUGACCAUUAUGGCUUUGUCACAUUCUACAACACGGAUGAUGCAUUUUCAGCCAUCGACAAUGGUGGCAAACUAAGAAGGCCUGAUGAGCUGCCCUUUGACAUCUGCUUUGGUGGAAGAAGGCAGUUUUGUAACUCAGACUAUGCUGAUCUUGUCGGAGCUUUGGACACCGCGGAAACGCAAAGAGAUCGUAACUAUAUAUCGACUCCAGCGGACGGACCGUCAGCCAUGACAACCUCCACCGAAGUCAGCGAGACAGCACGGACUGGGACAAAGCCCUUCAUCGGCGGCGUGAUCGAAGGAUUUUAUGGCCGACCCUGGACCAUGGAACAAAGAACAAAGCUGUUCAAAAGUGAACAGAAGUGGGGGUUGAAUACGUACCUGUAUGCCCCUAAAGACGACUACAAACACCGCAUGUACUGGCGAGACCUUUACUCCCCCGAGGAGGCAGAGCAACUCAUCGCACUGAUAUCAGCAGCGAAGAAGCACAAUAUUGACUUCAUCUAUGCAAUCUCUCCUGGCCUGGAUGUCACUUUUUCUAACCGCAAAGAGGUGGCUGCCCUAAAGAGGAAGCUGGAUCAGGUUAGAGACUUUGGCUGCAGCUCCUUCUCGUUACUGUUUGACGACAUCGAGACGGAGAUGUGUCCUGCCGACAAGCAGGCGUUCAGCUCCUUCGGCCACGCGCAGGUGGCCAUCACCAAUGAGGUGUACCGGCAUUUGGGGGAACCUGAGACCUUCCUCUUCUGUCCCACAGAUUAUUGUGCUGCCUUCUGCAGCCCAAACGUGUUUCAGUCAUUUUACCUUCACACUGUGGGAGACGAGCUGCUACCGGGGAUAGAUGUGCUGUGGACGGGUCCAAAAGUGGUAUCCCAUAAAAUCUCAGUGGAGUCCAUAGAAGAGGUGUCCUCCAUCCUCAAGAGGGCGCCAGUCAUCUGGGACAAUAUCCACGCCAAUGACUAUGACCCACAAAGAAUUUUCAUGGGACCCUAUAAGGAUCGUCCAACUGAGCUGAUCCCCAAACUGAGAGGUGUGCUCACUAAUCCCAACUGUGAGUUUUAUCCGAACUUUGUGCCAAUCCACACCUUGGCUACGUGGUGCAAAGCUUCUGCUGCUGGUGCACCCAAGGAUGUGGAAAUGGGCGACGAAGAGCAGGACCCCGGCUAUAGCCCCCACAAAGCCCUGACGCUGGCCCUCACUGACUGGCUGGAGGAGUUUCUGUGCACAGAUCAGCCUACAGCUUGCUCUAAGAAGGAGUCCUGUGAUGAGGAGCCCAUGCAGACAGACCUCGAAGAACACUCAUACAUACCCGGACCGGGAGAAAACCCGCUUUACACAGCCGACCCCCUGACCUUGGACGACCUGAAGCUGCUGUCCGACCUCUUCUACCUGCCCUAUGAACACGGGGCCACGGCCAAGACCAUGCUGCGUGAGCUGGACUGGCUCAAAUGCCACAGUCAAGCCGCCGCCCUCAAGACGGACCAGACUGCCGAGUGGUGUUCGAGAGCGCGACAGUUCGACAACAUGUGCGAAGCGGUAGUGCGAAUGUUCAACCGCCUGUCCAAUGUGCCCAACCGCCGGAUUCUGUAUGACCUCUACAACUACAUCUGUGACAUCAAGAGCGGUGUCAAUCUGGCUCAAGCCUACGUGAAAUCACUAGGAGGGCUUGGCAAACCAUCGGCCCAGCUAGUGAGUGCUGAUCCUGAACCGUGGGGAUUCCGAGGAGGCCUCUCAGGAGAGUUUCAGAGAAUGCUGCCUGGCCAUGGAAACAGAGACCUGUUCAAACAUCCGCCCAGGACGUCAGUGUACUGCAUUCGGCCGUACUGCGCAGAGGAUACGAGGGACGUGCAGAGCAUUUUUGUGAAGAUGCAAAGAGAAAGACAAAUUAAAGCCCCUUCUGCGACAGAGGCCCCUCUUAUUAGUGAUAUACUGUCCACAGGUGAAAUUUCCCCAAGCCCUGAGUGUGCUCUUGUCCUGGAGGAUGACAUCGGGGUUUGUGGUUACAUGCUGGCACUCACAGAUGCCAAAGCAGCUGCAGCCUCCAUUCAGAGGGACACAAGCGACGGUGUAUUUGAGGACUUCCCUUCAUUAGUCACUGGACAAGUACUGCCCAGGGUCGCUGACCCCUCUCCGGCGAAGCGUAUGAUUGGACAGCUGUUGUCCACCAUCAGGACCUCUGGUUCCAGAGGAGUUUUGUCCCAUCCCGGGACCUUAGGUCUUCCAACUCUGGUCACCUCAACACCCUCCCCCCCCGUACGCGCCUGCAGACCUAUGGGGCCAGAGCCUUCAGUGUUGCAGCCCCCACCCUCUGGAACUCUCUCCCCUCAGACAUUCGAUACGCCGCAUCUUCCGACACUUUCAAGCAAUAACUCAAAACCCACUUGUUUCACUCAAUUUUUCAUGUUUGGUGUCCGUCUAUGUUUUGUAAAGUAGCCUUGAAAGGUGCUAUAUAAAUCCAAGCUACUAUUAUUACUAUUAUUAUCAUCAUCUUCCAUCCAUCUUACGUUCCGCUUAUCCUCAAUAGGGUCGCGGGCGUGCUGGAGCCUAUCCCAGCUAACAGUGGCGAGAGGCAGGGUACAUAUAACAAACAUUCGCACUCACAUUCACACCUACGGGCAAUUUAGAGUUUUCAAAUAACCUAUCAUGCAUGUUUUUGGGAUGUGGGAAGAAACCGUAGUACCUGGAGAAAACCCACAUGCAACAUGCAAACUCCACACAGGCAAGGCCGGAUUUGAACCCCCGUCCUCAGAACUGUGAGGCGGAUGUGCUAAGUCGGCCAUUAUUAUAUUAUUAUAGUUUUAUGAUGACAGUUAAAAAUGUUAUCAUGCCACUCAUUGCCCUUAGAGGAGGAAAAUGUUUUAUGAUGGUUAGUUUGUGCUCUAAUGAAAAAAAAAUUCAAAGGGAAAUUUUGUUUUAAAAUCCCAAAUAA